GUUUUGGCCCGCGAUGGCGGCUGCCCCCGAGCCCUCGGCCGAAGAUCCGCUGUGGAGUUUUGUGCGAGUUUUGGAGAAACGGGAUGGGACGGCGCUACGGCUGCAGCAGUACGGCUCCGGCGGCGUGGGUUGCGUUGUGUGGGACGCUGCUAUUGUCCUUUCUAAAUACCUGGAAACGCCCGCGUUUUCUCGCGAGGGGACGCACGCGCUGAGCCGCCGGUCGGUGCUGGAGCUGGGCUCGGGCACCGGCGCUGUGGGCCUCAUGGCCGCCACCCUCGGGGCAGAUGUGGUGGUCACCGAUCUGGAGGAAUUGCAAGACUUGCUGAAGAUGAAUAUCAGGAUGAACAAGCAUCUUGUCACGGGUUCUGUUCAAACCAAGGUACUGAAAUGGGGGGAAGAAAUAGAAGAUUUUCCUCCACCAGACUACAUACUGAUGGCUGACUGCAUAUACUACGAAGAGUCUUUGGAGCCUUUGCUGAAAACUCUAAAAGAUCUCAGUGGAUCUGAAACUUGCAUUAUAUGUUGUUAUGAGCAGCGUACAAUGGGAAAAAAUCCAGAAAUUGAGAAAAAAUAUUUUGAGCUCCUUCAGCUAGACUUUGACUUUGAAAAAAUUCCUUUGGAAAAACAUGAUGAAGAAUAUCGAAGUGAAGAUAUUCACAUUAUUUACAUCAGAAAGAAAAAAUUAACUCGCCACCGUGAGACCUUUAAUCAUCUUACUCAAGCUUCUCACAGCCUGGGGGAGCUAGAGAUGGGAAUGGAGCAUGUGAAUGCAGCAUGGGAAGAUUCUGUUUACAGAUUUUUUUCAGCAUGUCUUUAGAGAUCUGGCAUAUGAAUGACAACCACGUGUGCUGCCUGCAAUAUGAAAUGACUGCCUUGCCUGCUGGUGGGCCUGAAACCCAACUUAGAUUUACUUAGCUUCAGCAUCAAGUUCUGCUUAUAAGAAACAGUGGGAAUUGGUCACUCAAAUAAACUAGGUAGUAAUAAUGUUAGCCUACAGUAUGCCAAAGUGAAUAAAUAAUAAGGCAGCAUGAUGAUCCACUCAGCAUAUUUCAGGAAACUAGAGAUAAAUUGAUCCAUUUUCUAAAGAUACAUGUCUAUUACUAUAUAAUGUUUUAAAUUCAGACCAGGUGGCUUCACUUUUUAGAGUCAUAUCAUAGUGUUGUCUUUUGCUUCAUCUUCAUUAUAGGUAUUCACCAAACUUUUGUUCUUGUCCUCCACUGUGUGAAUAUCUUUAUACUUCUCAUUUGGGAAGGAUGAGAAUAGAAAGCCUAAUUUCAGACUUAUGUAUUUUUGUGGUUUGUACAGUUUUACUUGUGUGUAACUUCCAGGAAAAUCUGGUUUUUAAAACACUGUUAUUAAGUUAAUUUGUUUACGCGAAACAGUGAAAGAUUUUUUAAAUAACUUCAAAUGUAGUUCUAUACAACUUAUCAAAUGAUUUUUAAACUGUUUUCUCCAUUUUUUUGUUACGAUAAUCAUCUAUUCACUUAGCCUAAUCUGUGAAGGACUAAUCAUGCCAUCAAGAGUAGUAACCAGAUGGAAUUCUGGUAUUUAUAGGCACUGGUGCUAGGUGCAAAUUUUAUGUGGUAAAUAAACAUUGUCUUUGAGACCCUG